CAUCAUAAUCGUAAACAAACACGCAGAAAGCGCCAAAAUGUCGUCCGCUGCCGAUAAACGAGAGAUCGACGUCAUCGUAGAGAUGAUGGAAAUUUACAUCAACUCGAUCCUUUACAAGCGCAAACUCUAUCCAGAGGCAAUCUUUCGCAUUCGCAAGGCGUACAACAUGCCCGUGUACAUUUCAAUAUACACCGCCUUAAACGAUUACAUUGCCCAAACGCUAAGGGCGGCCCGGGAGCUGAUAACAAACCGCAAGAUGCGUCGUUUGGAGGUCAUCAUUUUUAAGGAGCAAGAAAAUCCUCUCGAAAGCUACGUGUUUGAGCUGAACUACGACGGUACAGCAUCUGGGUUGGCCAGCGAUGAAAAUCUAAGCGCAUUCGAGGAAGAGCUUCGCAAAUCAUUGCUAUCGUUAGAUGCGCGGAUGAGGGAUUUAAAAAAGCUGACCGAAAGUGUAGAUUUAAAGUUUAAAAUAUUACUGCACACAACGCAAUCGGCGUACGUGAAGCUUGGGGCCGAUGCCCGGCUGCAGAGCUUUCCAUUUGUGCAGGAAAAGACUGUUGCGGAUGUGGAUGAAAUGUCCAAAAUUCAGCUGCUGCCGGUACUGCAGACAUCGUGUGUUGGCGUUAAUGUGUUUGUGGAGGAAUACAGUGCGGCGUGAA